GAGGACGCGCUGAAGAGAGGCCAGUUCUUCCUCAGUAGCGGGCUGGGGGGACUGGUGUAGAAGUUGAGGUCAUCUGAGCUGCGCUUAUCACCAGCGGGCGGUCUGACCAGCUGCAGUGAGGGUAAAGAUCAAUGGCAGGAGUGAACGGAGAUCGGAAAGGAAAGAAAGAUGAAAAUGGGCUUGGCACGGCGAUUGACUUUGUGCUCUCCAAUGCAAAGUUGGUGCUGGGAGUCGGAGGGGCAGCCAUGCUUGGUAUCGCCACACUGGCGGUCAAAAGAAUGUAUGACAGAGCACUGAGUGCUCCAUCAAGCCCGACUAAAGCAAUCCCGUCUGGACAGAGAAGCUGGGAGGAGCCAAGCUGGCUGGGGUCUUCACCUCGAACACUGAACCGUGACAUGAAGCAGAACAUCAGUCGCUCUCUGCAGACGCUCCCCACCUCUUCCAGCUCCUUCAAACCAGAUUCAUUUCGCCGUGUAGUGGGUCGGGGUAGUGGUGGUCAUGGAAAGGCUGAUCUUCAGAGGGCACGAAUGCGUCUGUCCCUCCAGGAACACCUCUGGGCAUUCUUUCAUGAGAAAGUGGCAAUCCCCUCGGAGGAGCAAGCUGUCGCCCGUCGUGCUGCACUGGAUAUCUGCGCAGAGCUCCGGGUCUUCAUCCACGCCAAACUGCCCGACAUGCCCUUACGAGAGAUGUUCCUGAGCGGAAGUCUCUAUGAUGACCUCCAGGUGGUGACUGCAGAUCACGCCCAGCUGAUGGUACCUAUGAUUCUCGAGAAGAACCUCUGGUCGUCCAUUCCUGGCGAGGACACCAUCAUGAAUAUUCCUGGCUUCUGGUUGGUCCGUCGGGAAAACCUUGAGUACUUCCCCCGUGGAAGCAGCUACUGGGACCGUUGCAUGGUGGGAGGAUACCUUUCUCCAAAGAGCGUUCUAGAAGUCUUUGAGAAGCUUGUUGCCGGCUCCAUCAACUGGCCUGCAAUCGGUAGCGUUUUAGAUUAUGUGAUUCGACCCGUGGUGCCUUCGGAAACGCUCUCGUUGGAAGUGCAAUAUGACACGGACCGUCACCUUUUCGUGGACUUCCUCCCAUUGCUUGUUAUGGAGGACGGAGUCUCGCUGAUCGCCAAACCGCACCGACUGGCCGCCGAUCGCCACGAGAACCUGUGGAGGCAGAGUUUUAGAGUGGCGGAGACCACAAAGUUACGUGCGCUCGAUCAGGAAGACGGCGGGUGCCGCUGUGCUUGUCUCAAAGUCAUUAAAGCUGUGUGUAAACUGAACCCAGCACUGGCACGAUUGAACGCAAGUCAGCAAACUAAUGCAAUCCUUCUCCUGAGUGAACAGGAAAGGGAUUGGACUCAGGAAGCACUGGCCGACCGGUUUUUGCACCUGCUUCGUGCACUAGUGGGACACCUAGAGGCUGGGAGGCUGCCCUGCACCCUUAAUCCCAAAGUCAAUCUGCUCUGUGAGCUAACGGAACAGGAAAUAGAUGAACUUGGGUACACGCUCUACUGUGCAUUGUCUGACCCUGAGAGUCUAAUGAGAACUGUUUAACACAAACGCAUGUAUUGGUUUUACCACUGUUUAGCAGCUGUUCAAUGCUUAGACACUUAAAGGGAUAGUUCACCCAAAAUAAAAUCAUUUACUCACCCUCUUGUCAUGUCAUGACUUUCUUUCUUCUGCAGAACACUAAAGAAGAUAUUUUGAAGAAUGUUGGCAACAGAAAACCGUUGGUCCCCAUUGACUUACAUUGGUAUGUGUCCAUACAAUAGAAGUGAAUGGGGACCAAUGGUUUUUGUUUACCAACAUUCUUAAAAAUAUCUUCUUUUGUAUUCAGCUGAAGAGUGGAAUAACAUGAGGGUGAGUAAAUGAUAAAGAAUUUUCAUUUUUGGGUGAACUGUCUCUUUAAAUAUCCAAGUAUACAAGUAGAAUCGAUCCACAAAUGCUGUUCUCAUAUGUGCCCUGUACUAGUGGGUCAAUGACCUCACUCAUCUUUCACAUGCAUGCUUUUUCAUUUCUUCAGAUUCACUCUUAAAUUUAUUUACAAUUCUUCCAAUGCUGGGUAACAUCAUGUUUUCCAUUAUUCAGAGUGCAUGGUGGAGUAAGAAAAUAGCCUUUGACUGAUUACGCUUGAACGUAAUGUUUAGUGUAAUUGCAUCAUUGAAUGUUUUUUUUAAGGGUCAGUUUCUGUAAUAGAAAGUAUCUGAAAGGAAAAAUUAGCAUUUUACAUCAAUUUGACCUUUUGAAGCGAGUAACAAAUGUCCAAAUAUUUUGUCUGAAAUUUCCAAAUAUUUCAAUACAUUAAUCUACAUCUAUGUGACUGGGAAGAGAAACUUUAAUGAAACAAGGUCAUGUUUUUACCCUUUAUUUCCACCUGUGCCAUUUAAAUAUGCAGGGUACUUAUAAAUCAACCGGUGCUGCUGGAGUAACAUGUUAUGUUCACUUUUUGUGUUUCUUGGCAAUGUAGCAUCUACGUUCAGCUGCGUUGUUUUUAGAAUUAUUUUCCUUCAGUUGGUUGUUAUUGAAAUAGUUGAAACGGGUUACUGCCACACUGCGGAAACCAGAUGCUUAGUAUUUAAGUAAAUUACUGUGGACCUUAAAUCUGUACUAUAGGUGCAGAAACUAUCAGUGGAAAUGGAUGGCUGGUUUUGGGUGGCUGAGUGGGUUUUGAGGAACCGAAUGGUAUUGCGUGCAUGGCAGUGGUGUGUAAAAGCUUAAUAAAAUCCUAGUAAAUACAAAGACAUUUUUGUAUUUUUGUAUUGAUUGUACAGAUGUUACCAAAACUGGUGUGAAAAUAUUUAUGUAUAUCUUGUCAUGAUCGUACAUAAUGUGCUUUGAGAGUGACGUCUGAGAACAAAACAUAAAUUAGGGUAGGUCUAUGAAAUGCCAAAACGAACAAGAGAUGUGUUUAUAUAUCUAAGCAUUUAUUUUGCUUGCAUAACCAGACCACCUGUUAUGUAGCAGAUACACAUUUACUGUGCAAAUGAUAUUUAAUUCAGAGAACCACCAAAUCCAAAGUAGACAUCGAUUUCUACUUUGAGUUCAGUUUGGCCUGGUACUUUGCAUGUGAUUGUGUGUUUGUUUAUUUCCUGGGAAUUUUAUUUUUAUUAAACAGAACUUUGUACAAUUUGUAAA